AUGGCCAGCACCGAGAGAAACCCCGAGAUCAUUGCGCAGGCCAAGGAGCUCGCAAACAUCCCUUGGUGCGAUGAUUACGAGAAAAUGAUUUCCGGUCAGCUGUACAACGCCCAAGCUACGAAAUUGGUCGACGGUCGCUUCCGCGCGAGGCAGUUUAUGCACAAAUAUAACAACCAUUUCCCCGAUGAUGCCACACCUGCGUCUCUCUCCGCCGAUCGGGAAAAGUUGUUGAAGGGGAUUUUGGGAAAGCUUGGUGAAGACUGCUUCAUCGAGCCUCCGGUCAACAUCGACUACGGCUGCAAUAUUUCCAUCGGAGAUAGGUUUUAUUCCAACUUCAACCUUGUUAUACUCGACUGCGGAAUGGUAACAAUUGGGAACCGGGUGAUGUUUGGGCCUUUCGUGUCAAUCUUUGCUGCCACCCACGAGGUUGGAGUCCAGUCGAGGCGGGAUGAGAUUGAGUACGCCAAGCCUGUUACGAUUGGAGAUGACUGCUGGAUCGGCGGAAACACCACAAUCAUGCCCGGGGUAACGAUUGGGAAGGGGUGCACCAUUGGAGCGGGCAGCAUAGUCACGAAGGACAUCCCCGAUUUUUCCGUCGCUAUUGGCUCACCCGCCAAGGUGAUUAAGACGGUAGAUCCCGUGCCUGAUUUGUAG